AUGUUAGGAGAAAAAAAAAAUACCAUUGCAAUUUCCGCUACAUAUUCAAUGAUUGCCAGAAUCGGAUUGAGAACCCCAAGAGCCGCCAGAGGAUUCCAGACCUCGGCCAGAGCCAUGAGCAACGUUUACGGUACCCCAAAGGAGGGUCUCUACUCCAACUUGCCUUUCAAGGUUAAGACCUCCAAGAUCCCCUUUGGUGUGGGCUGGUGGGGAGUCUUUGGCUUCUUUUUCGCUUUCCCAUUUUUGACCUCGUGGUGGCACAUGAAGAAGGCCGGUAACUUGAACUAG